AUGGUAUUAAAAUUGCAGGAGUCACAAAGCAUGGUCUCUAAAUACUUGGCUGCUAUGGAAGAUCUUAUUAAGAUCUCCACAUAUGUAGCACAAUGCCUUGAGUUUGGAAACUCAAGCCACGAUUUCUGGAAAAUAAAAAAGGAGAGGAAAUUUGUGAAUGUGGUCUUGUACGUAACAAACGUACAUUACAGAGCCACCGCACCCCGAAGAGCGGCGUUGGAGCUUCGCCCUGGGGCUCUGGUGACGGAUCGGCUGCCUUCUCCCCUCUGGGCGGUCUUCACCGUCUCCUUCUAUUCUCUUCGCGUGCUCAGGUGGUUGACGGGUCACGGCUGGCAUUGUGACUGGUUCGAGUCCCGGCAUCGGUUGAGCGACGGACUCGACACCCUGCGCCACCUGGUGGAGGGGGGACAACUGUCGCCCGUUCUCGACAAGGUUUAUUUCCCUCAAGAUUUUGAAGCUGCGCUUGCGCACGCCUGUAGCGACGAAGCGGUCGGCACCACCGUUAUAAGAUUUCCCUAA